CCCUGCAUUCUUAGGCUGAAGGGAAAGGAGGAAAGAUAAAAAAAGAAAAAACAGCUAAGUUUUAUCGCCCUUUUAAGAGGAUUGCAACCUCCCUGCUUUUUUUUCCUCCCUCUUAAAGGAUUUACUUGUUCUCCCUGCUGGCAACGCGACCUUUGGAUAGAACUCACUUCGCCCUGGGUUUUUUUUUUUCCUUCUUUCCUUUCGCUCCGGAGGAAAACCCAGAGCUUUCCCGGAGCGUUUGGGGGUCCCCCAAGCCGGGCGAUUUCCCCCUCUCCCUCUGCACCCAGCCGGAGGGUCUCUUGCCCGCUUCCUCGCUGCCCCUUCCCACGACCCCGGCGGACGCGCGUCUGGGCGCUCUGCCCCUCUGCAGCCAUGCGGGUCCACCCGGUCGGGGUCUCCCUGGGCUUGUUCCUCUCCGCCUUCCCCGUCUGCUACGUCUUGAACAGCGUGGUGGCCCUGGAGCAUCCUGUGGCCAUCAUGGCGACCGGUUUUGCAGUCUUGGCUCUUCUGUUUGCUGUGAUCUACGUCCCGUCUGGCUCCCGGGACCCUCUCUUCUCUGUCUUCAUGGUUUUCUCCUUCACCUCCGGGAUCGAUGCCAUCAUCGCUCUGGAAGAGGACGGCUACGUCAGUGACUUUAUGGGAUUCUACAUGAGAGAGGGUGAGCCGUAUCUUACCACAGCCCACGGGAUUAUGAUGUGCUACUGGGACAGCGUGGUUCACUAUACCCUCUAUCUUGCUAUGAUUUUGGCCAUCACUCAACGGAAAAGUUACCGGAACGUCGGCCUCUAUUGGAUCGGGUCUCUCACGAUGAAUCUCGUGGUUUUCCUUUUGGGCAACGUGAUCGGGAAGUACGGCUCCGAGAUCCGGCCGGCCUUCCUUCUCAACACCCCUUUCCUGGUCAUCCCCAUCUGGGCUGCUACCCGGAUUUUCCCCCAGCCAAAGGACUUACCUCUGGUGACAGCUGAUAAGAUCGCCGAAGAGCAGGGCAAAAGCUUGCUCCAGCGCCCCCUGGAUUUGGGACUGGUGGCGUAUCUCCUUUUUGCCGCAGCCUUCACCCUCUUCCGUGGACUGGUGGUAUUGGAUUGUCCGGCCGAUGCCUGCUUUGACUACCUCUAUCAGCAGGAACCUUAUUUACGCGAUCCGGUCGCCUACCCCAAAAUUCAGAUGCUGGUGUAUCUCCACUAUGUCCUGCCGUAUUUCUGCGUCUGCAUCUACGGGUUGCUCCGGCCCGGAGUCACGUGGAUGCCGGAUUGGGCCCUCGUAUUCGCCGGGGCCAUUGCUCAGGCACAGAUGUCCCACAUUGGGUCGUCUCUUCACCACCGCACCCCAUUCCCGUAUCGUACCCCGGAAGACGCCUGGUGGAUUUUUGUCCUAUCCAACACUCUUUACGCCAUCGGGCCCCAUGUCCUGGCCUACCGCUGCCUCUGGAGCCCUGCUUUUUUCUUUUCCUCAGUUUCCCGGGACGAAAACAAGAAGACUCAAUGAUACCGGCCCUGAGAGGGUCCGUAUUCUCUCCAUAGACCAGGCCGCACUGCAUGACGCUGCUUCCUUAUUGAACCCCUGUCCGGAUAAGUUUUGAACAGAAGCGUGAAGAAUGUUGUCUUAAGUCCCUCAACCGUUUCGAUUUCAGCUGCCUCCGCGGGCCAAGGAGUCUUGAUGUCCUGUGACUUUGUGGGAAACGUAGCUGCAGAAAAUGGUCCUUUUGAGAUUUUUUUAAAGGGGCACACGUAGUGAACACAGAAGGACUGGGCAAUUGUGCAAAAAACAAACAAAAAUAAGAAAAGAUAGGAGCAACCCAUCCGGUGCUUCAGAUUUUUGAAAUCUCCUGAGACAGAACUUCCGUUGUCACUUUUUUUUUUGCAACCUGGAUUAUUUGCCACCACUAACACACACACCCCCAAAAAAACCCAGAGAUGGGUCAAAUCUCUUGGCGAAAACAUCUUGAAAUUUCUCGCCAGCCUGGAAAGAAAAGCUGUGAAUUCUCAUUUUUGUGUCCGAGAAUGAUGUAAGCGAGGAUUCGCAUCCUCAAUUCUCUACACCUUCAAGGAGGUUCAGCUUUUUUUUGAAGUUUCAUGCAAGGUCUACUCGCCGCAAGCGAUCCCGUUUGAAAAAUGGAUCGAGCUGACUCUGAACCGAGGGCAAGUGGGGGAAUUCCCAGCAGUGUAUCAAAAGGGACUCAGGUCUAUUUUGCCAAGUUGCACCUGAGUUUUACGAUUUGGGUCGAUGGUCGGGCGGAGGAACCAAAAAUACCUUUCAAAGCUGUGAUCGGCCGGUGGCUCACGAUCCAGGACCAUGGGCGGCUCGGCUUCAUUCGGGAAACAGGGUCCAGUUGUAUGAAACGAGAGGUGGGCAAAAUUUGAGUCCACCGUUCUUUAUAGAAUAAAGAUUGAUUUG